UUCAAUUUACAAAAACUUUAAAAAUCUAUUUGACCUUUUCUAUGUGGUGGUACAUACCUUAUACCUAAAAUGGUACAAACCAAUUGUGCCUGAUAGUUGUUGGUGUGGGAAGGACCGUCAUCGGGCUUCAUCUCUCUGCUGAAAUUCAAAAGAAACCUUAGAAUUAGCGCCGCGACCAUGAUCAUCCCAGUUCGGUGCUUCACAUGUGGGAAGAUCGUAGGAAACAAGUGGGAGGCGUACCUUGGCCUGCUUCAAGCCGAGUACACAGAAGGCGAUGCUCUGGAUGCCCUCGGCUUGAAGAGGUACUGCUGUCGUAGGAUGCUGCUGGCUCACGUGGAUCUCAUUGAAAAACUGCUUAACUACGCGCCUCUGGAGAAAUGAGUGUCAUUUGGAAUCUGUAAAGACACUUGCACUCUGAAUACACACUGUCACUGGUCACAUCAACCGGUACUCACAAACUGAUGCAUACAGAAUCGUGUACAGGCUGGGAGCACGUCUACAGAUGGAUAUUCACACCCUGUACUUUCAGUUUAAAUUAUUUUUGUAAGGUUGUUUUCUGAAUAAAAGAUUUUUCUUCCA